AUGUAUAAUAGCAGCAAUAAUGAACAAGAUAACAACAACAACAAUAACAAUAAUGGUCAAUUGACAGAAGAUCAAUCAGAUGUAUUACGAUUUUUAUCAACUGAUAAUGAUCCUAUAAUGGAUGAUAGUACAAAUAUCGAUACGCAAGCCCUAAUGAUGAAUAUGUUUCCAUUAUUAGAUCAUCCUUUAGCUGUACCGCCAACAACUGUACAAUCUCAACAACAACAACAAUCAUCGCAGCCACCAGACUUUUAUAACUUUGAUCUAUCUGAGCAAACACAACAACAGCAACAACAACAACAAUAUACCCCUCCUCCCGAUGACACGUUCUAUUCACAACAAGCGUUCAUCUCACCCUCGAGAUUCAAUCAAAGACGACACUCAGUCGCUGUAGGAGUUGAGUUUUUUAAUAACAAUCAGUCAUUUCAUUCUGCGCAGUCUAUUCCGUUCGCAGUCGAUCACCGAGGUUCAUUACCAGAUAUAUAUCAACAGCAACAGCAACAAGAUAGAUUCGGCUCGUCAUCGGUUACUCAUCCACCACAACCUCAUCCAACGAUUCAAUUUGAACAACUGCCUUGGUCUAGAAACGAAUCUAGCGUGACAAACAAUAGGAAAAUGAAUGAACCCGUGAGACACAGACGCUUUCUGUCUCAACAGUUUGAUAUCCCUCCAACCAUAGGUCCGCCUAUGUCGGAUGUGCCAAGCAGACGCUUGAGCGUUGCUUCUCCAAAUGACAUCUCUGUGUGGAAUAAGAUGGUCAGCAAUAACAAUCUUACUAGUAACACCAUGAAUGAUAUCAUUGAGGAGACUAAAGUCAGCGACAGUGACGAUCAGACGAAUAACCCAUCCACUGCUGCCGAAGACGAGGAUGGUAAGCAAGAUGGCAAACGAAAACGGCCUCGAGGGGAACCAUCGUCUGGAACGACCGAUGGAAUCAAGCAGGAGAAUAAUGAUGAUCAAAAGUACCCAGAAGAUUAUCCAAUCAUUACAGAAGCUGAUAUGCAAGCUGCCGAAAAGGACGCAAAUGCCAUUCCUAGACGUCAAAAAUUAAGAUAUGAAGGUGACGAGUAUACACCAAAAUGGGUUAGAUACACAGGCCAAUCAAAAGAGGGUUAUUGUGAUACCUGUCAGCCAGGAAAAUGGUUACAAUUGAAAAAUAGUGCUUACUGGUACCAUAAGCAGUUUUUUCAUGGUAUCUCUUCUGUAUCGGGUAAACCGUUUCAACAGCCCUUAGAACAAAGACCAGGCGAACAUGAUAUACUGGAAGGAUUAUGUCAUCAGUGUAAAGAAUAUGUUCCGAUUUGUAACUCAAAACGUAAGAAUAGCGUGCUUUGGUAUAGACACGCUCAUAAGUGCCAUAUAUAUGACAGGCCAAAGCCGAGAAUCGGUAGUAGCGUGUCCAUUGCGACGACAAGUGGUAGUAAUAAUGGUACUCAACAAUGCUCUCAACCCCAUUUACAACCACAAAGCCUGCAACCACCGUUGCAACCACAAUCUGAACCACAGCCUCAGUCAAAAAAGAAAAAGGCGCUUGUAAAUGAAUGA